UGUGCACCACAGCAGAAUGGCUGCGAAUACCAGAUACGAGCCAGCUCCUCAACGGGACUCCUUUGAGGAGCGGGCAUACCCCCAGCCCCCGCCUUCUUAUCAGGCAACCGCCGACUACGCGCAACCUCGCAGCGAGGACGACAAUGUUCCCGAUGACUUCAAGUUCGGCGGUAUGGUUGCGGAGGGCACCCUGCCCAUCCGUAUGCAGUUUAUCCGGAAGGUCUAUGCGAUUUUAACGGCGCAGCUCCUGCUCACGACGAUCAUGAGCUCCAUCUCCUUCUUCAGCGACGGCUACCGCACCUGGAUCCAAUCGCACCCAUGGCUCAUGUUCGUGUCCGUCUUCGGCGCCAUCGGCUUCAUGCUCGCCACCUUCUGGAAGCGCAAAAGCUACCCGGCGAACCUCCUGUUCCUGACCGGCUUCACCGUCCUCGAAGCCUACUCCGUCAGCGUCGUCACCUCGUUCUACGACGCCCGCAUCGUCGUGCAGGCCCUCAUCCUGACCCUGGGCAUAUUCGUCGCCCUGACCCUCUUCGCCUGCCAGACCAAAUACGACUUCACCAGCUGGAUCCCCUACCUGUUCGGCGGCCUGCUGUUCCUGUUCAUGUUCGGCCUCAUGGCCAUGCUGAUGCACAGCAAGACCACCGAGCUGAUCUACAGCGGUCUCGCGGCGCUGCUGUUCUCCGCGUAUAUCCUGGUCGAUACGCAGAUGGUCAUGCGGCAUUAUCACGUCGAGGAGGAGAUUGCUGCCUCGAUCUCGCUCUACCUGGAUAUUCUGAACCUGUUCCUGGCUAUUCUGCGCAUCUUGAACAACCAGCAGAACAACUAGAGUUGCGGGACUGGCAGGUCCAGAGAAGAUAAAUGGAUCGUGAAUGGAUAUCGAUCUCCCACCCAAAUUCGGAAGGAAAAUACGACAUCAAUCAGCCUCAUGCGAAUGUGGAAUCCCUAGCCAGUGGCCAGUGUGCUUUGUCCGUUUGGUACGGGGCCCGAAACUUGAUUGACAGACGGUUUGCCCGGGAGGCGUUUUGAUAAGAUCCUUCCUUUUCUGCUUUUUCUUUUUUUUCUUCAUUCGACUCCGAUUACUAUCGUGCUUUUUUCCUGGCCUGGUUGUCUCAUACGUUUCGUGGUUCUUUGUUCUCGUGUUUUUCAUUACUUGUAGCGCUGCCUUUAUCAUCACACAUCGUCCACUCUUGAUUACUAUCGCUGCUUAUUAUUUGAGUUCGAACUCAU